GGAAGGAGGGACAUGUAUAGAGUGUCGCAGAGGGAGGAUCGUGGCCGAGAGCAGAGGCCCCUGUAGCGAUGGGCGUUUGGGCCUGCAGGCAGUGCAGGAGGCGCUCCGAAGGGGGUCUUCUCUGGCAGCCGGCUGUGAGCGGGAGGCCCGAGCCCGGAGCAUUGGCGGCCGUGCAAGUUCCAGGGGACUGAGGGGAGGCGGUAUGGAGGAACUCGACGGCGAGCCGACCGUCACUUUGAUUCCAGGAGUGAAUUCAAAGAAGCAAAUGUGUUUUGACUGGGGUCCAGGGGAGAUGCUGGUGUGUGAAACCUCCUUCAACAAAAAAGAAAAAUCAGAGACCGAGCCAGGCUGCCCCUUUAUCUAUAUCAUCCGAAAGGAUAUAGAUGUUUACUCUCAGAUCCUGAGAAAACUCUUCAAUGAAUCCCAUGGAAUCUUUGUGGGCCUCCAGAGAAUUGAAGAAGAGUUGACUGGAAAAUCCAGAAAAGCUCAAUUGGUCCGAGUGAGUAAGAACUACCGAUCAGUCAUAAGGGCAUGUAUGGAGGAAAUGCACCAGGUUGCAAUUGCUGCUAAAGAUCCAGCCAGUGGUCUCCAGUUCAGCAGCCAGGUCUCCAUUUUGUCAGCAAUGGAGCUCAUUUGGAACCUUUGUGAGAUUCUUUUUAUUGAAGUAGCCCCAGCCGGCCCUCUCCUUCUUCACCUCCUUGACUGGGUCCGACUGCAUGUGUGUGAAGUGGACAGUUUGUUGGCAGAUGUCCUGGGCAGUGAGAAUCCAAGCAAACAUGAGAGCUUCUGGAAGUUGGUGACCAUCUUGGUACUACAGGGCCGGCUGGAUGAGGCUCGGCAGAUGCUCUCCAAGGAAGCCGACGCCAGCCCUGCCUCUGCAGGCAUGUGCCGAAUCCUAGGGGACCUGAUGAGGACAAUGCCCGUUCUCAGUCCUGGUAACACCCAGACGCUGACAGAGCUGGAGCUGAAGUGGCAGCACUGGCAUGAGGAAUGUGAGCGUCACCUCCAGGACAGCACGUUUGCUGCCAGUCCUCACCUGGAGUCUCUCUGCAAGAUCAUGCUGGGAGAUGAAGCUGCCUUGUUGGAGCAGAAGGAGCUUCUGAAUAACUGGUAUCAUUUCCUAGUGACCCGGCUCCUGUACUCUCAUCCCACAGUAAAACCCAUUGACCUACACCUCUAUGCCCAGUCCAGCCUUGACCUGUUUUUGGGAGGUGAGAGCAGCCCAGAACCCCUGGACAACAUCUUGUUGGCAGCCUUUGAGUUUGACAUCCACCAAGUGAUCAAGGAGUGCAGCAUUGCUCUAAGCAACUGGUGGUUUGUGGCCCAUCUGACAGACCUGCUGGAUCACUGCAAGCUCCUCCAGUCGCACAACCUCUACUUCGGAUCUAACAUGAGAGAGUUCCUCCUGUUGGAAUAUGCCUCGGGACUGUUUGCUCAUCACAGCCUGUGGCAGCUGGGAGUGGAUUACUUUGACUACUGCCCUGAGCUGGGCCGAGUUUCCUUGGAGCUGCACAUUGAGCGGAUCCCCCUGAGCACUGAGCAGAAAGCCCUUAAAGUGCUGCGGAUUUGUGAGCAGCGGCAGAUGACUGAGCAAGUUCGCAGCAUUUGCAAGAUCUUAGCCAUGAAAGCUGUCCGCAACAAUCGCCUGGGCUCUGCGCUGUCUUGGAGCAUCCGAGCCAAAGAUGCUGCCUUUGCCACGCUGGUGUCAGACAGGUUCCUCAAGGAUUACUGUGAGCGAGGCUCCUUUUCUGAUCUGGAUCUCAUUGACAACCUAGGGCCAGCCAUGAUGCUCAGUGAUCGACUGACCUUCUUGGGAAAAUACCGCGAGUUCCACCGAUUUUACGGGGAGAAGCGUCUUACUGAUGCAGCUUCUCUUCUCCUGUCACUGAUGACUUCCCAGAUUGCCCCGCGGUCUUUCUGGGUAAUACUACUAAUAGAUGCCCUGCCCCUUUUGGAAGAGAAAGAGGUGGUUUUUUCAGCAGAGCAAACAUAUGAGUUGAUGAGAUGUCUAGAGGACUUCGCCUCAAGAAGGCCAGUGUGGAGAGAGCCUGGCGUUCAGCGACUCCAGGAGGAUGUUGAGAACACCAAGUUGGAAAUGCUGAGACUUGCUCUUGCACGAAAUCUUGGCCGGGCCAUUAUAAAAGAAGGCUCAUUGGAAGGCUCCUGAGACCAGCCGAGAGCUGCUUCAAGGUGGCACCUUUGUAUGGCAAUGUUUAUAUAUUUCUGAAAAUAAAUUCCCCCCCCCCCAAAUAGAAGGCAAGUUCUUAGAGUCC